UCAGAAUCAACUUCCACCCAGGAAGACACAACAACAACAACCGAUUCUACUACUACACUCUCUACGACUGCCGCUAACUCUGAAUUAACUUCCACCCAACAUGCCCAAGACGACACGACAACAACAACGGAUUCUACUACUACACUCUCUACGACUGCCGCUAACUCUGAAUCAACUUCCACCCAAGACGACACGACAACAGCAACUGAUUCUACUACUACACUCUCUACCACUGCCGCCAACUCUGAAUCAACUUCCACCCAGGACGACACGACAACAACUACUACUACACUCUCUACCAAUGCUGCUGACUCUGAAUCAACUUCCACCCAAGACGACACGACAACAACAACUGAUUCUACUACUACACUCUCUACCACUGUCGCCAACUCUGGAAGACAUGACAACAACAACAACUGCUACACUCUCUCCCACUGCCGCUGACGCUGCUCCAGGAUGGAAGUGUACAUCUUCGAAAUGUUAUAGACUGUAUGAUGAGCAGGAACGAGUCUGGGCAGAUGCUAAGGCAUUCUGUUCUGAAAUAGACCCGGUUAACACUCCGUAUGGAUACAGAUCGCCAUCUCUACUCUUUCUUAACACUGAAAAGGAGGCUAAUGAUCUUCUGGACCUUCAGCUCGGCUUGACUGAUGGGUUGAGGGUAUGGAUCAACUGUAACGACCAAUCAACAGAGGGAGAAUUCGUUUGUGAUGUCGAUGGUAAUGGAACUCCAUCAAGCUCAUCUUGGUGGGACCAAGGAGAGCCCAAUGAAUGGAGUGGACAAGAUGAGGACUGUGUUGCAGUAGUUAAACGCAAGUGGUCUGAACUUCUCAAAUGGAGAAACAUACCAUGCUCAUGGACAAUAUACACAAUGUGUCAGUAUAUAGUCGGACAGCCAGAACAGUAA